GCGGGAAGCGGAUUGGACGACCCGGUAGGGUUUCUGAAGUCGCGCGUGACUCGUCGGUUUCUCGGCGUCGGCGCUUGCUGUGUGCGUCACUUCCGGGCGGCGCGGAACGGAGUGGUUAACGGCCUGUAGAGCACCAUGCCCAAGUUUUAUUGUGACUACUGCGAUACAUACCUCACUCAUGACUCUCCAUCUGUGAGAAAGACACACUGCAGUGGUAGGAAACACAAAGAGAAUGUGAAAGACUACUAUCAGAAAUGGAUGGAAGAGCAGGCUCAGAGCCUGAUUGACAAAACAACCGCUGCAUUUCAACAAGGAAAGAUACCUCCGACUCCAUUCUCUGCUCCUCCUCCUGCAGGGGCAAUGAUCCCACCUCCUCCUAGUCUCCCGGGUCCUCCUCGCCCUGGUAUGAUGCCAGCACCUCAUAUGGGAGGUCCGCCCAUGAUGCCAAUGAUGGGUCCUCCUCCUCCUGGGAUGAUGCCAGUGGGACCUGGUUCCCAGCAUGGGCCUCCUGCUCACCUUUCCUACAGCUCCGACCAAACGCUUAGUGCUCCUGGAAUGAGGCCACCUAUGGGAGGCCACAUGCCAAUGAUGCCCGGGCCCCCAAUGAUGAGACCACCUGCCCGUCCCAUGAUGGUACCCACUCGUCCAGGAAUGACUCGACCAGACAGAUAAGGAGAGAGGGGAGCCUCUUUCUAUCGUUUUAUAUUACUUGUUCUACUUCACCAGGAGAUCAUGGUGCUGUGACUCUGGGUGUUUUCUCACAGCCUGACAAGGAAGACUUGCUCCCUAUCCCAUCAAAGAGAGAAUCAUUUUGGAGGGGAGUGGUGGGACAAAAAAAGCAGCGGUUUUCAUUUGUAUUGUGAAAUGUGAAAAUAAAAUUGUCAGCUCUUUUAGUUAAAAAUGUGUUCCUUUUUUUCUCUCCUCUGUAUUCUUCGUGUAUUAUAAAGGAGAUGAAGCAUU